UGAUCGUGGGGAGUUGAAUUCCGUUCGAUCGGCCGUUGAGAACCACCGCGUUUCGUAGCACUAUACACUGUAUUACACAUUCACAAACACGCAUACUCCUACGUAUAAAGUACGCGUGUACCCUUCACUAGUGCAGAGGAGAGAACCGAGGCGAGCCGAAGGUGACCGAGUAGCGGCGCCGAACGGAAUCGUCAUCGACGCGGCGUCGAGGCAGCUACGCUCACUCUGCUCCGAGCUGUCGAACGCGACGCACGCGCCUCCGCUUCGCUUCCUCCUUCUCUACGAGUUAUACUCUCCACAUUUAGAGGCAUAUUUCCCUCGCUUUCUCGCACCGAGUAUUAUCAUCAUCAUCAUCAAACGAGAGAGGAGGCCCGGUCUCGUAUCUCUCUCUUCUUCUGGGAACAUUCAGUCAGUCUGUUCGUGAACGUCCAACUACUAGUUCUCGCUUCAAGCCCGAAUCGAGUAUUAUUCCUGCUCGUAUCGUUCUCGCGCUGUUUGCUUUGGAUCUUUCAUCGACAAGGUUGUUUCUCUGAAUCGCUCUUCUCUCGUGUCUCGCACAGCAGCUUUCGCUCCUCGACCCGUGCUAUCUCUUUGUUUCGAAUCGCACGAGCACAGAGAUGUCUUCCGUUAAAACGUUCCAUGUUUAAUCUCGCUCGUCUUCACUUCGAUCGUCGUCAAUUCUCUCUCGGUAUUUCAUACUCGAGGAAACGAAACGUAAAUCGAAAUCGAGUUCUCCAAUUCUCCGUUCUUUCGUAUUUUUUAAAACCGUAAUCAUUCUUCUUGGAAAAGUUUUUAUCUGAACACCAGAUUCGUCCAACGAUAUUGGAUUUUUCGCUAUCGGUCUACGUGACUUCUCGUAACGCGUUCUCGUCCAAUAGACGUUAAGAAGUCGACCCUCGGAGAACUCUUGCAGGCUGGUUCGUCGAUAAAAUUGGAAUCGUUUUCCCCGAAGGAAGCCGUUCGCGUAUAGCCCCCGUGCGCACAAUCAGACAUUGUUGAAUGCCGUGCAACUCGAGAGCCUACGCACUACGGUUGUCCUCGAUGGAGGAUGCCAAUCGCUCCGCGACUGAUCUCAGGGACGAUAGACGGGUUCGAGGGCAGAAUGGAGGCAGCUGGAGUUGCGAGACGACUUAAAGGCUUUGUCGUGAUAAGAGAUUGUCGAGGUCGAGCCUCGUGUUCGGAGGUUCGGGCUUUGCGUGAGGACAGAGUGGUGCGGAAGGUGGGGACGCAAGAUCGUGUGGCUCGAAGGUAAAGAAAAAAAAGAGAGGGGGAGAGACAGGGAGAGAGAAAGAGAGAAGGAAAAAAAAAAAAAAAGAAAGAAAGAUAUUACGAAAGGAGGAACGGAAGACCAAGAACCCUUUUACACCUGGUUAAGUUGCAGAGUUUUCUGGGGUAUAUAAGGGAUACAAGAUCAAACGCUCCAGAUGGAAUCGCCUUCGGCCCAGGACCGUCUUAUCGAGGCCCAAGAAGAUUUCACCUCGGCGGAAGCAACAUCUGCGUCGACUGAGGAACCGUCGACGAUCACGGAGACCGAAUCAACGGAACGCGACGAAGAUGUCGGUUGUUCGAUGACUGCCGCCGAAGAGGUGGACGAUGUCAUCGUUCGCGAAUCCAUCGAUAACGAGGAAACGUUCGUCAGUGUAGAAUCGUGCGAGGCUUCGCUCGCUUCUCUCGAGACCUCGAACGACUCUUCGACCGACGAAGGUCGACUAGAUUUCUCCGACAUGGGUCUUAAAUUGGGGAAGAACGAGAAACGAUCCGAGGAAGAUGAAGGUGAAGAUGCGGUGAACGUAGAAGUGAAAUCGAACGAAUUAAUCGUUGAACAAGAUUGUUUAGAGGCGGUAUCGACAUCGACGUCGACAUCUACGACGAUAUUAACUAUAUGCACGACAUCGCAGACAACGGUAUCUACAAGCAUGGCAGCAUCGUUAAUUUCAUCAUCAAUGUCGUCGUCGUCGUCGUCGCCAUCGCCAUCGCCAUCGCCAUCGCCGUCGCCGUCACCGUCGCCGUCGCCAUCGCCGUCUCCAUCGCCAUCGCCAUCGCCGUCUUCGUCGAUGAUUCAAUGCGUCGAAAAACAGACGGAGUAUUGCAAAACCAGUGACGGCGAAUUCGUCACCUCGUCGCCGAUAUGUAGAAAGAGACCGGCUAGCGAUUUCCUUCCGAUCAAUGCGGAGAUCAAGCGAAUCGGCGUCGAGAUGCCGGAGAACGAAUCUAAUCAAGUAAGGAGGAUCUCCCCCGUGUUGGUCUCUCUUCGAGAGCGCACCCUCGGUGAGAUAUCGUUGUCCUCGGACUCGUGUCUGUUCGAUAACGACGUCGGAAGUCGAUGUGUGCCGAGAAACAACAGGAUUCUCGAUGAUUUGUUAACGAGCACUAACUGUAGAUUGACGACGAGCGCGGGUCUAGAUGAUUCUUUUCAAACGGAUCACGAUACCGAGAUUGCAAUAGAUUGCACGGACACUGCGGAACGCAGGAUCUGCAGAGUAGCGACAUCGUUGGAAGGUGAAUGUACCAAUGGCAGCGUCGAGGAGGCGCUGGCAGAGCAGAGCGAAAAGCUCGAGUACCCGGACCCGUUCAUCGACGAGGAUUCCUGUUGUUCCCUGUCUCGCGACAGCCCCGAGAGGAAUCUUAAAAAGUGUCAGGAGCCGAAACAGUGCGAGGAGCCGAUCGACGACGAGUGCUCGUGCAACGACACCAUGCCUGCGAACGAUGCUUGCGCUAUUGCGCACGACGAAACAUCUAAUGAACUGAUAAAAAAUUCGUUACCCAAUUUAAUAGUUAAGGUGGAACAGAUCGAUUUGUCCCGUUACUUAGCGGCCGAGCGGAAAGAUAAGAAGCGUAUGGUUAUCGUACCUAAGAGGAAGCAAAAGAAGAGUAGCGAAUGCAAGGAUGAUGCCGGUAACGUAGACGUAAGGACUGAUCCCAAAGAAUCGUUGCAGUGUUUCGUCCCAUUGUGCACUUAUACGAACGAAAGUGAUGAAAAGACUGAGUCACAGGACCAGGAGAAACAAGUAGACUCCGUUGUAGUAUCCCCGUUGCAAACGGCACAAGAAAAAUUAGAGUCAUCUUUCACCACCCCCAUUAAGGAAUGCAAGGUGCUGUUACAGAGGAUAACGUUGCCGAAAGCGGUAAGAACGAUGACAACGAUACAGACAUUGGACAAGGAAGAAACGGCACCGAGGGCGAUAAUAGAAAAGUUGGCCGAGGACGAGGAGGUCGUGUUUUCCUUCCCUCUACCUUCCUCCACGAAUCUGCAAACGUUGAACAAUUUAGAUUCGAUCGAGACGGCGAGACCCAGCUCCCCGGAGGAGUUGUUGGAAUCUACUACUACGGAUGUUCCAGAAGCUAUCGAUACGGAAACGGAGACCGAGACCGGUUCCGAUAGUUCUGAAAUGUCGAGCAUGACGAACGUACGCCUCGGUGGAUGCGACGAUGACGCUGCUUCCGACCAAAUAUCCUGUCAAGAGAGUGAGUCCAUUUGUUGCGUCGACAUUAAUCCGGAGAUCAUAUCGAGGUUGGAGCCGGAAAGACCGGAAGCUUUCACCGAAGAUUCAGCGGAAAGUUUGGCCCUUGCUACCGGUGCACGAGACGAGGUUAGAUCGGAUGGAAGCGAUUCUGGUCUGGGAAGCGAGAUUCCUGGUGAUCCAGGGCCCGCACCAGUACCGGAAAGCGAUUCCGAGACUUCUUUCUUAGAUAGGAUACCAGAUGAUAUACUUUCCGACAAAGAAAAAGCAGUGAAUCAAUUGGAUAGCUUUGUGCCGAACGUGGAUGUAUCCGACACGCCACAGACGCCAUUGACGAAUUUUCGUAGUCCUUCGAAGAGUAAUCUGAAACGAAGAUUGAUGGAUUGUAUGGAAGGGGUUCCUAGCCCAAAGAGAAGCAAUACGGACGAAUCCAUGAAAAAGAAACGCAAUAUUCAGUUCGACGCAGUCACAGUUUAUUAUUUUCCCAGGGCACAGGGUUUUACUUGUGUACCUUCUCAGGGUGGCAGCACUCUUGGCAUGAGCGCAACACACACUCAUGCUGAACGAUUCUCGUUAUCGGAGCAUGCCGCUGAACAGAGGCGAAUUCAUCGUGCUAGACUAGCUCAAUUACGCUCCGAGCGUGCUGCAAAUUGCGUAUCGGAAGCAGCCUCCAGUUCUGAGGAUCCUAGCGAUGAUACAGACGAGGAACAAAGUGAUAACGAGGAUCUGGAUAUCGAUAGUUAUUACUUCUUGCAACCAGUGCCUACAUGGCAGAGACGAGCUUUACUUAGAGCAGCAGGAGUACGUAGAAUAGACGCGGUCGAGAAGGACGAGUGCCGCGAUAUUAGAGCUAGCAGAGAACAUUGUGGUUGCGGGUGUAAAGGAUACUGCGAUCCUGAGAGUUGUCCUUGUAGUCGAGCUAAUGUAAAGUGCCAGGUUGAUAGAGCGGGUUUCCCUUGCGGAUGUACUCGCGAUGGUUGUGCAAAUAGUUCAGGCAGGAUCGAGUUUAAUCCGGUACGAGUACGAACGCAUUUCAUUCACACGCUAAUGCGGUUAGAGUUAGAAAAAAAGCAACGAGAAGAAGAAGAAGGCGCGGAUCAUGACGCUUCCGACAAUCAAAACGGUAGAAGUCCGUUAAGAGAAAUCAAUUUAGGAUCCGUGAUGGAGAAUAGGACCACGGAAUCGUGUUUGAAUGGCGGUGGAUUUACGACGUUGCAUUAUGAGAAUCACGAUGCUAGAGACGGAGGGACAAAUUGUCAGCCAGAAGUAUCUGGUACUAGAGAGGAUAGCCUGGAUUUGUAUGCGAUUAGAGAUGAUUGUUAUCCUAGCGAAGAUACUGUUGAUGGUACGCAGGGACCUCAAAGGAAACUUCAUCCUGAAUUUAGUCAAGCUUUUCAAACAUUCUCAGGCCAAACAAGUGCCGGAGUAAAUUUUCAACAACCUGCUUAUCAGGAUUAUCAGCCUUACGCUAAUCUCCCUUCCACAUCUAGGGUGCAAUUUCAGCCGCAAUUCCAAACGGUGCCAGGAAAUGCAGGGUUCUCACAUUAUGCGCCUUACGGACAAGAUACCGGAUCAAUUCAGGGGAACUGCCAGGUCCAUCCCGGACAACAUUCUUCCAGCUAUGAAACUAGUUUUGCGCAAGAUGAAACAACCGGAUCACAAUAUACAAAUUUAAAUUCGGUACAACCAAUGAAUACUGUGGUUCAACAGAUGGGUAAACUAGAACCAUUUUCUGAACUUUUGUCUGGUAGAUAUUCGUAUUACGGUGAAAUGGAGCCUCAGCCGCACAGUACUUAUCACGGUAAUGGAACCAAGGUUGAGGUAGAAAAGAACCAAGCUAACGAACAGCAAUCGGAAAGUACAGAGGAGUGCGAUGAAAAUUUUGGGGAAAUCAUAAAAAAAUCAAUGGUUGAGACUGUAUCCGCUUAGGUCAAACUGUAGAUACAAAGAAUUGUCUAUGUGCAAGUCCGUCAAAACGUUUUUGACCCAUAGUGAUUUAUAAUGAAAAAUAGAGUAAUUUCGACAAGUUUUCGUCGGAAACCUCGCGAAUAAAAGAAAAAAAAAAAAAAAAAAAA